CACAUCCGGUUCCGUUGAGAACCAUUUUGAUGAAACAGCGAGGAGCGAAGAAUCGUGGACCAGCGACUUUAACUCUAUGGAUUUAAAGUGAAUAACCCCCUGGAUAACUCUCGGUUUUCAUCGACUGAUGGUCAUCCUGGAUCAAAGUGGAUUUUUUUCCUCUGACCGUGCGACGGAUGGAUUUUUUUUUCCUUCCAGCUCGCUCGACAGCUAACCAGGGCAGCAGAGUUAGCGCAGUUGAGCGUUAGUAGUCGUUAGCUUUUGUUUAGGCCUUUGGUGUUUCGUAAUGUGUUAGCUCGUCUUCAUGUAGCAUGCUAGCCGUAGCCAUUUUAACACCUUCACGGAGCGGUUCAACAUGAUAAUAUAAUUUUAGGGUCUACCUCGCGUUUUGGACUCAAAGUGGAAUUUCGAUUCCAUUUCUGGACUCUGUGGAUUUUUUUGUGUUGUCAUCGUUCGAUAGAAAAUAACCGUAUAUCCGGUAGCCAAAACGGUAACACACGGACUGAUGUUAGGAAGCUCAUGGCCCGCUGCUAGCUACACGAGAGGCUAGCGUUGCUGCGGCUUGGGCUUUCCUUCAAGGACAGUUGAUCACGGACUUAUUUACACCCAUUCAACGAAACACACUGUGCUACAUGGACUUUCUUUGAUUUGUUCGCACUACUGUGUGCUUUGUUGGACUUAUAUAAAAAAAAACUGGCGAGGUACACUGUGCUCCUUCCUUAAUGGCACGUUGGCCUCACCCCCCUCGUUCAUUUUUCUUAAAGACUGUCGUCCUCAACGACAUUAAACUCACCCCAAUUUAAGCAUUUUCUUUGUUCAGAAUGUUUUCAACGAAUAUAAAGAAGGUUUACUGAUUAAAGUCACCAAAUCUAGCCUCUUGUGUUCAGUGUUGACACUGUUUUUGCUUUGUUAUAACAGGCCUUGAACUAUUUUUUCCUCCCCAACUUGUGCUUAUAAGUUAUAAGACCUGUAAACAUGUCGUGUGUUCACUAUAAAUUUUCUUCCAAACUGGACUACAAUACUGUCACGUUCGAUGGGCUGCACAUCACCCUCAGCGAGCUGAAAAGGCAGAUUAUGGCCCGCGAGCGCCUCAAGGCCACAGACUGCGACCUGCAGAUCACCAACGCGCAGACUCGAGAAGAAUACACAGACGAUGAGGCCCACAUCCCAAAACACGCUUCAGUGAUUGUCCGCCGCACUCCGCUUGGUGGAGUUAAGCCUGCUGGCAGGACGUUCAUUGUAGAUCGUUCUGACACAUCUGUGGUUGGAUCUUCUAGACCCACGGAUUCUUCUCCUUCUUUGUCUCUUGCCCAGCUUGCCAAGACCGCUAAUCUGGUUGACGCAAAUGCGUCAGAGGAGGACAAGAUUAAAGCCAUGAUGACUCAAUCGAAUCAUGAUUAUGACCCAGCAAAUUACUCAAAGAAGGCAAUUGGACCCCCACCUGCUCACUAUACUUGCUUUCGUUGUGGAAAGGCGGGUCACUACAUUCGUCAAUGCCCUUUGCCAGUGGUGCAAGACAAAAGCGCAGACGGUCCUAAACCUGUAAAAAUCAGUAAGGGCAUCCCUCAGAGCUUCAUGGUGAAAGCUGACCCCGGCACCAAGGGAGCCAUGUUGACCAGCACUGGAGAAUAUGCCAUACCUGCCAUUGAUGCGGAGGCGUAUGCUCAAGGAAAGAAGGAGCGUCCUCCUUUCGUUCCACAUGAGCAAUCGUCAUCCGAGGAUGAUACAGACCCAAUCCCAGAUGAACUGCUGUGCCCCAUCUGCAAUGAUCUGAUGACAGAUGCUGUGGUUAUACCCUGCUGUGGAAACAGUUACUGUGAUGAAUGUAUCCGAACUGCAUUGUUGGACUCAGAGGAGCACAUCUGCUCGUCAUGCAAUCAGUCUGACGUUUCACCCGAUAAUCUGAUUGCCAACAAGUUUCUUCGACAGGCUGUGAACAACUUCAAGAAUGAGACGGGAUACACCAAACAUGGGCGCAAACAAGUCCAGCAGGCUGUCCCUCCCCCACCACGUCCCCAGUUGGUCAGGCCUCUUCAUUCUAGGCAGCAGGACCCUCUGCUGGCCAAUUUCUCUAACCCACCUUCAACAAGUACAGCCACAACAGCUCCCAAAACGGAAAACCUGCCCGUUGGCACUCCUUCUGCAUUCUCUCCUUCAACUCCGAGUCCACCUCAUGCAGAGGCUGCCUCUGAAGAGCCAAAUGCUUCUCCAGCUACUGCACCUGUUUCUGACCACCAUUCUCCAGUGCACUCCAGCAGCCAGGGAGAACCACCCCCACCUGGUGAAGUUGAUGAGGCUGAUCCAGAGCCUGCUGUGAAACAGGAGUCUUCAGGAAAAUCAGAAAGUGCAACACAGAGAUACAAUUUGCCAGUUAUUAGUCACCUUCCACCUUCAAGGCCUCAUCAUUCCUCAGGCCACCAGUCACGACACAAUCAGUCCCACAGAGGUGGAGGCAGACACUGGAACAGAAACAGAGGGGAACAGACUCACCUACAGGCGCCUCUACCUCCUGUACCUGCUCCUCAAGUCUACCCAUCUCCCCUCUACCCACCCCCAACACAGCCGUAUCUACCUCCGUACAGCUCUGGGCCCGGGCUUAUCCCUCCACCCAUUAUCAGUUACCAGCCCCAGCCUGUAUUUGCCCCUGGACCUCCAGUGCUAAACCCUCCCUGGGUUCCCCCUGGUGCCCAGCCUCCUCUUCUCCCUUUACCACCUAUGGCACAGCCUCUGCUUUCUAAGGAGGAUUUCUACAGACCAAGACACCACAGACAAGACAAAGCUACAUCCAAACUUGAUGAGUUUACUAAAGACUUUCAUGAAGAGCUUAUCAAGUAUAGAAAUGCACCAAAAAGAAGAAGGCCAUCUUACCCCAGGUCCCGGUCAUACAGUCGCUCACCAUUCAGCCGUUCUCCGUAUUCUCGCUCUAGAUCAAGAUCUAGAUCCAGAUCAAGAUCCAGGUCUUACUCCUUUUCUCCAAGUCGGUCACGUUCACGUUCCCAUGGCCGAUCCUAUACACGCUCCCCUUACUCUAGACGAAACGGACGCAGUUAUGGACGCUCACGGACAAGGUCACGCUCCCGCUCAAGGUCUUUUGGCUACCGGCGGUCUGGUUCGCCACGUUCUCCCUUUCGAGUCUGGGAAGGAGCUGAAGGGGCUGGACCCUACCGGUCACGGUCCCGUUCCCCUGGUGGCUUUCGAAGCCGCAGCCCUGGUGGGCGGAGGCUGCCCCCUCGAGAGUUACUUCCUUAUGACCUCAAAGGGCACAGCCCCACUGGCCACGAUCGUUGGGAAAGAGAGCGGUACCGACAAUGGGAGAAGGAGUACACAGACUGGUACAACAAAUACUACAAAGACUAUGACACCCAGCAUCCAUCCAUGCAUCACAGGAGCCACAGCAGCAGAGAGGGCGAGAGGGAGAAAAUGCCCUCAUCCAGAGAUUACUCACCUCAGGGGAGGGGACGAAGAGGACGAGACGAGAGAGGGGGUCCUCCUCAUUAUUUACCCACAUCAUCUUCUACAGGGAACAAGUCCAGCUCUAAACUCAUGAGAUCAAAGAAAAUAAAAAGGAAGACGGGGGAGGAAGGAGAAGCUUCACACCACUCACUGGACAGAGGGGAUGCCACCCCUGUCAGAGAUGAGCCAAUGGAUGAAAUGUCUUCACAAUCGAAAACACCUCCCAUCUCAUCAAAGGCUUCCGCUGGUGCAGCACCUUCUAAAGCUUCAGCCUCCAAAAGUACAGGUGUGCUUUCUAAAACCACCACCAAGUCCACUUCCAAGACUGUGUCUGAUAAAACAAAAAAAGAGAAGGGUUCAAAUGGUAAAACUAAAGGUAAGACGGAGAGUGUGAAGGUGAAGAGUGAAGGUGUAAAGGUGAAGAAAAAGACGGCAGAGGGUGUGAUGACAAAGAAGAAAGAUUCUUCAUCUUCCUCUGCUUCCAAACUGCUGAAGACUGUCAAAGAUGCCUCCAAUUUGACCACUACUAAAAAGGAGAAGAGCAAGAUCUCUGUGAGAUCCACGGCGGUGAAGACUCCUCCCCUGUCUUCCCAGAACCCCUUUCCUUCUCUUCACGAAGGCUCAAGAUCAGACCAUGACUUGCGGGGUAGAAGAGAUCCCCCACAGAGUCUUCUUUCCCUCCCGCAUCAACAUGGACUCCCACACCUGCCCCGCCCUUCGUCGCCAAUAGACAAUCGAAGAAGGAUGGGUGAAGAAUGCCGCUCUUUACUUAGACCUCCUGGGAAGCUGAGGAGAAUAGAUGGUAUAGAGGGUGGAGGGGACGUCCUCUCUCAUUCGCAUCUUCCACAUCAGUUGGGUCUUCACAGAUUUUCAGCCCCUUCUGACAGACUGUCCAAUUUACCUCCUAUGCAAGUGAGUCGUGACCUGGUCCGGGGUGAUUCGGAUCGAUCAGCCAUUAGACCUUUGAUGGACAUUCCGAAACCAAUGAGGAGGAUCAAGUUGAACAGAGAUCUGGGGAGAAGAGGUAGCACAGAGGCAACAUCCUUGGACAAAGCACCCUUUGGUCUAGAUAAGAUAACCAACUCCACGUUAGAUCGUUCGGCUGCUUCCAUUGUUUCUGAAGGAAAUGGAGUCAGUCCAGCUGGAGAAAAUGAACGAAAAGAUCCAUCAGCAUCUGUAGAAAGGCCUGUCUCCAGAGACAGACCAGGAGCCGGAGGAGACAAACGUCACAGCUCAGACAUUGACCGAGAUAGACUUUCUGCUUCUGAAAGGGAUCGAGAGAGACCUUCCACUCUAGAAAGGGAUCGAGAGAGACCUUCCACUCUAGAAAGGGAUCGAGAGAGACCAUCCAUCCUAGAAAGGGAUCGAGAGAGACCUUCCACCCUAGAAAGGGAUCGAGAGAGACCUUCCACCCUAGAAAGGGAUCGAGAAAAACCUUCCACUUCAGAAAGGGAGCGUGAUAGACCUUCCACUUCAGAGAAAGAUAGGUCUGCCACUUCAGAGAGAGACAGGGAUAGAUCUUCCGCUUCAGAAAGGGAUCGAGAGAGAUCUUCCACUUCAGAAAAGGAUCGAGAGAGACCUACCACUUCAGAAAAAGAUAGAGAGAGACCUUCCGCUUCAGAAAAGGAGCGUGAAAGACCUCCCGCUUCAGAAAGGGAGCGUGAUAGACCUUCUGCUUCCGAAAGAGAUCGAGAUAGGUUAUCCGCUUCAGAAAGAGAUCGGGAAAAGCCAUCUGCGUCAGAAAGAGAUCGAGAUAGAGCUUCGGGUUCUGGAAGGGAUCGAGAAAGACCCUCUACUGCAGAAAGAGAUCAAGAUAAAUCUGUUUCAGAUCGAGAUCAAGAUAAAGCUUCUGCUUCAGAAAGAGGACGAGAUCGAUCUGCUUUUGACAAGGACCGACUUGUGGGGUCUAAAGAAAAAGACAAGGUCUCUAGUACUGGCUUGGAGAAAGCAGCAGUGGACAGAGACAAAGAGGUUGAGAAGUCAGCAAAACCAGAAAAAAAGAACUCCAAUAGUGGAAGUGGAGGAGGCAGGUCGGUCUGUUUAGAUAAGAUGACUAUUGGCGAGAAAUCUGCCAUAACUAGGAGGCCGUCUGACCAUCAGGAGAGACCUAGUGUGUCCUCCAAGGAGAGAGGGGAGAGCUCAGACAAAGCCGCUAAAUCUGACAGAAGUACAUCCAGUGACAGAACAGAGAGGAGUGGCCUUAAAGGAGAGAAAUCAUCUGCUCCCGUCAGGGAAGGCGUGAAAGAUCGACAACCGAUGUCUGUGAAGAGUAAACCAAGGCUCAGCCGAAAGGCUCUGUCGAGCCACGCGGUCUCUUCAACCAGACCAAGCCAAGAAAAGAAUCAGAAUUCUGAGAAAGAGCUGAAGAGCGUAACCUCCAAACCAGUAAAGCCGCCCUCAUCCAGCCCUUCCAGCAGCCCAAGUGUCAGCCCGGCCAACCUGGAGCCGCUCAUUCAGCCUCCUCCUCGCUCCAAAUGGGAGAAAGAAGAUGAUGAAGAGGGCCAGGAAGAUGUUCUCCCUGCAGCCAUCAAGGAGCCUUCACCUGUAAAGCAUAGGAGUCAGGUCAGAGAGGUGCUCUCUGAAGCCGCUAAACCCAUCAGGAGCGAGUACCGAGAGGUUUCAAGGGAGGAGAGGAGAGGAGUGGGUAGAGAGGAGAAGAAAAGGAAAUCAGCGAGGGAUGAGGGUAAAGGUGUCAGGACUUCACAAACAGACUCCAGCAAGCAAGUCAAAGCCAAAGUUACCAAGGAUGAGGGCAGAGGGGCAAAAGAGGAGAAGAAAUCUUCAGGAAGAGAGGAGGAGAGAAGAGGGGAAAGAGAGGAAGGGCGAGGAGUGACAGGGAAAGAGGAGAGAGCAGUUGAGAGCAGAGGAGGAGGACAAGAGGGGAGUCGUGGCCCAGAGCCCAAGCGACAGCGCUUAUGCUCCGACCUGACACGGGAGACUGAUGAGGCGGCCUUUGUGCCCGAUUACAGUGAAGGUGAGGGCUCGGAGGCGGAGGGGGGGAGGAGCGGCAGGAGCAUCAGCCCCUCCCUCAGCCAACUGUCAGUCAGCCAGCCGUCCCGCAGCCCCACCAUGAGCAACCACAGUAGCUCAGCCACCACCACCACCACGGACAAGAAGAAGAAGAAACACAAGAAACACAAAAAACACAAGAAGCACAAAAAGCACAGCAGCCAGGACAAAGAAGGAGAGCCCAAAACGCACAAACACAAGAAAAAGAAACACAAAAAGAAUAAAGACAAGGAGACAGAGGAGGAUGAAAAGAAGAUGGACAAAGAAGAGGAGGUUCCUCCAUGCUAACACACUGUCCUUUAAGAGCGGAUCUUUCUGGAAACGGCCGUUCUGGUUCAUGUACUGCUAGAAGAAGAGGUUUUCCUUCUGGACGGUUGGUUUGCUCUUCAGAAACAUGUUGCUGCUGUGAGCCGGCCUUGUCCUUUGUUUUUUCCUGAAGUACGUCAGGACAACUGCUGAUGUUCUUUGUUUUUUUUAAAAGCAUCUUUGCUGACUUUGGCCCUUGAAAACUGCGGUGAUGCUGUGAAGCGCUGUUCAGACAGAGCAUUAUAACUGAUAACGGAACACCAAAUCCUAAUGAUAGGAAUAACAAAUGCACUCAGGGAUACAAAUGCUUCUUUUAUGGGAGAAAUGCUCUUUUCUCCUUUGGAUUUGUUUGUAAAUAGAAAUGAACUGUAGCUUUGCAGUUUCUCAUUAGUUAGCUUUGCACACACCUUGUGUUUUUAGGGCAUAAAUAUUAAACAAAAUUUGCUUUAAGAGCCAUUUAAAUUCCAUUUGUUUCUAAGGGCAAUCUUUUUUGAUCACUGUAGUGGAAAUUAACAAGUAAAUGUUGCUUAUCUACUUGGCUAAAUCCUCUGCUUCCAUAGGAAACUUUGGAAAUGUUUCUAAAUGAAUGACUAAUGAGCUAAAUAUUAAAAACAUGAUUGCUUUUGUUUGUGGCGUUUAAGCAGACAUUUGGGUUUAUGCCAGGCUGGAUUGUAAAAAUCAAGGAUGUGCUUAUUUAAUAUUGAGUCAUUUUUGUUCCAGAUGUGUACAUUUGUUGUGUGUGUGUGUGUGUGUUUGUUCUACAAUGUAAAAAUGGAGUCACCUGGAAAUGUGACUGGUUGCAGAACAGUUCAUGCAAAUGUUUUCUUUUAUUAAAAUGUAUUGACCUAAUUAAUGUCUGAUGUGCUUUGUAUUUGGAAUCUGGUUGGGUAAUGACAAAUAAAAUUUAUACACAGAGAAA